AUGCCAGUUGCUGAGUUCAUAAAUCGUUACUUCUGCACAAAUCAGGUGAAAUUGUUCUGCUUCGAAGGUGGUCCGUAUUUCGAUUUGGCAUUUUGGAGUGUGGCAUCGCUUUUAUCAAUCGGUUUGUUCUAUAAAUGGCGUGAAGGUCCCUCGUAUAAGAAAAACAAUCGCAUCGAUGGCAAGGUGGUCAUUGUUACCGGCUGCAAUACGGGCAUUGGCAAGGAGGUAGCCUUUGAAAUGGCCCGGCGUGGUGCCCGUGUCUAUAUGGCCUGCCGUAACUUCAAUAAAUGUGAAAAAGCCCGUCGAGAAAUUGUCCAACUUACCGGCAAUACCAAUGUAUUCAAUCGUACUCUCGAUUUAAGUUCUCUACAAUCGGUACGAGAAUUUGCUGAGGCAUUCAAUAAAGAAGAACGACGUUUGGAUAUUUUGAUCAACAAUGCUGGCAUUAUGGCAACACCUCGUGGAUUAACCGCUGAUGGUUUCGAGCAACAAUUCGGUGUUAAUCAUUUGGGUCACUUCUUGCUCACAAAUCUUUUGCUGGACAAGUUGAAGGCUUCGGCGCCCAGUCGUAUUGUGGUACUCAGUUCAUUGGCCCAUAUUUUUGGACGUAUACAAAAAGAUGAUAUCAACAGCGAGAAGAGCUAUAGCCCCUUUAAGGCCUAUGGUCAGAGUAAAUUGGCCAAUAUAUUGUUUACACGUAAAUUGGCAAAAAUGCUAAAAGAUUCCAAAGUGGAUGUGAAUUGUCUGCAUCCCGGCUCGGUGCAAAGUGAAUUGACACGCAAUAAUGCUUUGCUGAAAUGGGGUUCGGCAAUAUUUUCGAAAUUUGUUUUACGUUCUACCCGUGGAGGUGCUCAGACGGUUUUAUAUUUGGCAUUAGAUCCGGAUAUGGAAGGUGUAACGGGUGGUUAUUAUGAUCGCAUGGAAUUGGUGCCACUAAUGAAAAAGGCACGCGAUGAUGAAAUGGCCGAUUGGCUGUGGAAGAAAAGUGAAGAAAUGGUUGGACUUAAUAAGAAAAGUGAUUGA